CAGGACUCUCCGCCGUCCCACCCGAGUCAUUUAUCGUGAUGACAGGUUUCUUCUUGGUUUAACACGCUGCCCCCCCUCCCCGCAGAUGCAGGGGAGAUAAUAGGCAAUCCCGAAGAAGGGACCACAGCGAGAAGCGCAAGUGGAUGGAAAGAAAUAUACUGGCAACGAGAAGGUUACUGAUCAGGAUUUGGAAAUGGUGUAGGUGUGGGUGUAAUACGCCGAAAUGCGCGAUGGUCCCAUUGGGAUCCGCUCUCUGAGUUCCCAUUCAGCUGCACACUUGUCGGAAUGAUUGUUUUUCAGGCGCUUCGGCGCAUUUCCCCAAAAUGAAUAUUUCAUGUUGAACUUUUUAAGCAAUAAGGAGUGCUUUCACACGAAAACUGUGUAGCAGGUGGUUUUACACCAAGCCUACCGAAAACAAAGUGUUGCGUCCAAAUACUGCACGCGCGAUCGCUUCGCAUUUUCUCCCUUUUUCGUUUAGGUGCAGUAUCGGAGAUUGGCGGCUCGACCGCUUCACGACGCCGUCUUCUCUUUCCUGAUCGUUAUGCAUUUAUCUUCGGUGCAUUACAUCUCGAAGAGGUGCCAGACCACUGAACGCUCCGCAUCGUUUUCAUAGUGCAGCCCCGUUGCAGCGGAGGAGCGGGCGGUAAGUACGGCGAUCCUCCGACCGCUCCAAGUGCGGCAGAUGCUCCGCCCGGCUCCUGCGGCUCCGUCUGCCUGGCAGUAAAAUAAAAGGACUAAGCUACACUGAUCGGCAAAGGCUCAGAGGGAGCAACCAAAGUUGAAAAAGGACUGGCAUCGCAAGCUUUUUUUAAAGCACCAUCGCAAGCCGGACGUUUAUUAUGGGACCAGCAACCCCCUUUUUCGUGAUAUUACAAUCCCGGGUUUCCUCCGGAUUUCCAAAACGUGGGAUUAAGUUGACUGGAAGUGGAGAAGGAUAUCCCGCCCCAAAGUAGCCUUGAAGACCUCUACACCUCAUACGUGCAAUUUCAUCGUGAAUCGUGAUAAGAGAUGCACCUGACAGUCCUCAGUUCCCAUUAAGAAGUCAUAAAGAAGAUCCGUGCGGCAAGAAUAACGGCGGAGCGGUUUUUCCACGUGUCGCCCUUCCUGUCCUCCUCCCUCAGAGGGAACUCGGGGACCAGCAGGAGCUGCUGUCAUCUUCCCAAGUGAGGGGGAGCGAAAAAAAAACAAAACAAUAAAACAAAACAAAGUCACUCGUUCAUCUGCCUUUGAUGCUUCCCGGACAGCCAAUCAGGGAACGGGGCCCCGGCUCGGCAGCGAGGCGGCGGCAGUGGGGGGUGGCCCAUGUUCCGAGAGCUGGGGGGGGCACAGAGGAGUGAGUGAAUUUACCAAGAGGAAGAAGAAGACAGAAGGAAAAAGAAAGUCAUUCAAAUUUUAACGCGCGUGUUUCAUAUCAGAGCAUGCGGGAGGAAUACGGCAGUCUUUGUUCUUCUGAGAAACUCUGAAAUUAACACAUCAGACAGUUUUUAUUCCCCUCCCCUUUCCUUCCCGGCUAAAAAGGAUUAAAAGUUGGAUGUGAGUCGGGUGGUGGCCGCCAUGUGUCGCUCGUGGGGGCUGGGCACGGGGCCGGGCCUCGCCCUGCUGGCUCUCUGCUUGCUGUCGGACGCGUUGGCGGGAAAAGCUAAAGGCCCCGGGCACACGCACCUGAACUCCAUCCGCAUCGACGGCGACAUUUCGCUGGGGGGGCUUUUCCCGGUGCACGCGCGCGGAGCCGGUGGCAAGGCGUGCGGCGAGCUGAAGAAGGAGAAGGGCAUUCACCGGCUGGAGGCCAUGCUGUUCGCGCUGGACCGCAUCAACAACGACAACGCCCUGCUGCCCAACAUCACGCUGGGCGCCCGCAUCCUGGACACGUGCUCGCGCGACACGCACGCCCUGGAGCAGUCGCUCACCUUCGUGCAGGCGCUCAUCGAGAGGGACGGCACCGACGUGAAGUGCCUGGGCGGCGGCCCGCCCAUCAUCGCCAAGCCCGAGCGCGUGGUGGGCGUCAUCGGAGCCUCCGCCAGCUCCGUCUCCAUCAUGGUGGCCAACAUCCUGCGGCUCUUCAAGAUCCCGCAGGUGAGCUACGCCUCCACGGCCCCGGAGCUCAGCGAUAACAGCCGCUACGACUUCUUCUCGAGGGUGGUGCCUCCCGACACCUACCAGGCGCAGGCCAUGGUGGACAUCGUCAGGGCCAUGCGCUGGGCGUACGUCUCCACGGUGGCCUCCGAGGGCAACUACGGCGAGAGCGGCGUGGAAGCCUUCAUCCAGAAGGCCCGUGAGGAUGGGGGCGUCUGCAUCUCUCAGUCAGUGAAGAUCCCCCGGGAGCCCAGGCCUGGAGAGUUCGACAAGAUUAUCCGUCGGCUGAGGGAAAACCCCAACGCUCGCGUGGUCAUUAUUUUUGCCAAUGAAGAUGAUAUCAGGCGGCUCCUGCAAGCGGCCAAGGCAGCCAAUCAGACGGGUCACUUCCUGUGGGUGGGCUCCGACAGCUGGGGCUCCAAGAUUUCACCGGUGUUACAUCAGGAGGAGGUGGCGGAGGGGGCAGUCACCAUAUUGCCCAAGCGGACGACCGUCAGAGGCUUUGAUCGCUACUUCAUCAGCCGCACGCUGGACAACAACCGCAGGAACAUCUGGUUUGCCGAGUUCUGGGAGAACAACUUCAACUGCAAGCUUAGCCGCCACGCCCUCAAGAAAGGAUCCGGGAUCAAGAAGUGUACAAACCACGAGCGGAUCGGCAAGGACUCGUGGUACGAGCAGGAGGGGAAGGUGCAGUUUGUGAUCGACGCCGUCUACGCCAUGGCGCAUGCUCUGCACAACAUGCACCGGGAGCUGUGCCCAGGCCGGGUGGGCCUGUGUCCCCGGAUGGACCCCAUCAAUGGAACCAUGCUGCUCAAGUACAUUCGCAACAUCAGCUUUGCAGGCAUCGCCGGCAAUCCAGUGCUCUUCAAUGAAAAUGGGGACGCUCCCGGACGCUACGAGAUCUACCAGUAUCAGAUCAAGAACAACACAGCCGAAUACAAGAUUAUUGGCCACUGGACCGACCAGCUUCAUUUAAAUAUCCGGGCGAUGCAGUGGCCGGGCGGAAUUCGCCAGGUGCCCGCCUCCAUCUGCAGCCAGCCGUGCCACCCGGGAGAGCGUAAGAAGAUCGUGAAGGGCAUCCCCUGCUGCUGGCACUGCGAGCGCUGCGAUGGCUACCAGUACCAAGCCGACACCUUCACCUGCAAGAUGUGCCGCUUCGACCUGCGGCCCGACGAGAACCACACAGUCUGUCAGCCCAUCCCCAUCAUCAAGCUGGAGUGGAGCUCGCCCUGGGCCAUCCUCCCUGUCUUCAUCGCCGUCCUGGGUAUUCUGGCUACCCUGCUGGUGGUGGUCACCUUCAUCCGCUACAACGACACGCCCAUCGUCAAGGCCUCAGGCCGCGAGCUCAGCUACGUGCUCCUGACGGGCAUCUUCCUCUGCUACGCCACCACCUUCCUCAUGAUCUCCACUCCCAGCGUGGGCGUCUGCUCGCUGCGGCGCAUCUUCCUGGGUCUGGGCAUGAGCAUCAGCUACGCGGCGCUGCUCACCAAGACCAACCGCAUCUACCGCAUCUUCGAGCAGGGCAAGCGGUCGGUCAGCGCCCCCCGCUUCAUCAGCCCCGCCUCCCAGCUGGUCAUCGCCUUCAGCCUCAUCUCGGUGCAGCUGCUGGGCGUCUGCGUGUGGUUCGGGGUGGACCCCUCACAGGCCAUCAUCGACUACGAGGACCAGCGCACGGCCAACCCGGUCCUGGCACGCGGCAUGCUGAAAUGCGACAUCUCGGACCUGUCGCUCAUCUGCCUGCUGGGCUACAGCAUGCUGCUCAUGGUCACCUGCACCGUCUACGCCAUCAAGACGCGCGGCGUCCCUGAGACCUUCAACGAGGCCAAGCCCAUCGGCUUCACCAUGUACACCACCUGCAUCAUCUGGCUGGCCUUCAUCCCCAUCUUCUUCGGGACGUCGCAGUCGACAGAGAAGAUGUACAUCCAGACGACCACGCUGACCAUCUCAGUGAGCCUCAGCGCCUCCGUCUCGCUGGGCCUGCUGUACAUGCCAAAGGUCUACGUGGUGCUCUUCCACCCCGAGCAGAACGUACCCAAGCGUGCGCGCAGCCUCAAGGCCGUGGUCACCGCUGCUACCAUGUCCAACAAGUUCAACCCCAGGGGGAGUCUGCGGCCCAACGGCGAGGCCAAGUCGGAGCUCUGCGAGAGUCUGGAGACUCAAGCCCUGGCCAGCAAGCAGACAUACAUCAACUACAGCAACCACGCGAUAUAGGAGAAGACAGCCUGUCCCGAUGCCCCUGGGUUUGGCACUGCAGAGGACGGGACUCAUCCACGCUGAAAUGCUGCUGCACCGGGAAGGUGGCAAGGCGGGCAAAGGGUUCGGGAGGGAAAAACCUAUGAGCCGAAAAAAAAAGAAAAAAAAAGAUAAUAAUACCAAUUAAAAAUAAGCAAAUCAUGAGAUGGAUGUUCAGGGGAGCAGGUGUGUCAGGCAGAUGCCAUACACAGAUUCAGGGAAUGUUCCGGACAGGCCAAAAACAAAUGUGGUAAUGAUACCCCAGUGACUGAAAGGUAGCUGCUUGUCACGUUAGUUGGGGGGCGGGGGG